AUGACUGGAGAUAGUCAAGUACUGGUUGACUACCUAUCUACUGCCGCCGGCGACGGUUGCAUUACACACCAGGUUCGUCCAAAGGGAACCAAUCUUAGCCGACAAGUUGUUUUCACGGUAGUACAAAAGCGCCCCCUAGGACUUACGAUGAAUGCGAAUCCAUCACAUUCAAAAUGUCAAGUCGUUGAGAAGUUACUCGAGCCAUGGACACAGCAGUUAAUUGACCUUUAUUUUCAAAAGGUAAAUAUCUGCUUCCCCCUUUUAAAUGAGGAAUCAUUCCGAAGGCAAUAUUCUACUACCAAGGAGCGAUUAUCCCCAGCCCUUCUUUCUUCUCUCUAUGCGCAUAGUCUAGUCUACUGGAAAUCUGAGCCCCAACUUGCAGAACAAAGGUCUCCGGACGUUCGCUUCAUCUGGAACCUUGCCAGCGAAGCUCUACAGUCGGAGCUUUUCCUCUCGCCAGGAAUUUCCACUAUUACCGCAAUAUUAUUGAAUAUUGGAGGCCGACCAACAACUGCCAUAGUAGGUAAUGGUGUCCGACUUGGGAGUGCGGUGUCUCUGGCCUACUCUCUUGGCUUGAAUCAUAACCCCCUUUCUUGGGACAUACCACAGCCCGAGAAAAUGCUUCGAAUGUAUACAUGGUGGACAAUACUGAUUCAUGAUAAAUGGUAA